CCCACACAGCCAAACCCUUCACUGUACACCCUUCACACUCCGUCCGCAUGUCGCCUGCGCUCUAGCGAUCCAUCGCUGAACAAAGGGCGCCCUGCCGUCAAGCAUUCCCCAAGUUCUACCUCACCCUUCCAUUAUUCGCAUUUCCCUGCACUUUGGCCCAGCUCCCAGCGGCUGGACGCACGCCUGACACCGUUUGAGCUGUCCCCCACUGAACAAACCUCACAGAGACGUUCCACUGCCUCGCAGCCUCGCUAUGGCGCGAAAUCGAAGCCCAUCGCCGGCGGACAACUUCCCGCUUGGCCAUUCUGCGACCUCCCCGCAGCCGCAGGUCUCGAAGCGCGACAAGCGGCGCAACAUGCUGGCCGAAAAGCUCUCCGACAUGAUGGCGUCCUUCUCCGACAACAGGGACGGCCACUACAGAGCUCAGCUUGCUGCGCUGCAGGCUGACAUCAACCUCAUCCUCAAAGCCGAUCCGUAUGCCAACAAGCCGCUCGAGGACGGCGGAGAGGAGGCCUCCGAGCUCAUCACGCAGAUUAUGGGCAGCAACGUGCCUUCCGCACCCAGCGCGGGGACCGACUACAUCGCACAGUGUGGAAAACACUAUGCGCGCUUCGUCGACGCCGUCAAUGAUGCCAUGGAGGAGCGCGACUACAACCUCACCAUGCUCUGGAACAAGAACGAGAACACGAAGAACGAAAUUGAGAAUUCGCACUUCUACAAAGUCCAGAUCGCCGAGGAGGAGCACAAGCUGCUCGCCGCCACGAUCCGCGAGCGACUCAUGGCGAGCAUACAGACGCGGACGGCCAGGCUGAAGCGUGAGAAGGAGCAAUUGGACCUCUCCGACAGCAAUGCGAUGCUGCUCCACCCUAACCAGUUCGGCAUCGGCCAUCCCGCUAGCCCGGGCGGACCGCAAGCGCCGCGCAAGACCCGCAGAACGGGACACAAGUUUGGCGAUGCGGAUGACAUGGCAGAGAACAAGCGGAAGCGGAAGCUCUUCGAGGACAAUGACAACGACUCGCCUGGCCCGUCUGGCCGCAACCUGGAGCUCGGCGUGGGCUCGCCCUUCCGAGAGGCCAAAGCACGGACAAUCCACGCGCAGUUUGAAGCCUCAGCCUACUCGCUAGAGCGUCUCUUCACCGAGAAGGAGCUCAACAUGGCCAUGAACCAGGCCACGACCGCGGCAUCGCACUUCUUCGCCAAGAUGAAGAACAACGAUCCCAGCCAAGAGCCUACCACCAACGGCACAGCUCACACAAACGGCGACCAUGCCUCCGAGAACGGUGACGCUGGCGAUGCAGACGACUCUGAUGACGUACCAGGUGCGCUAGAAAUGACCCGCCAGGUCUCCUCGAACCCACACGCCACCCGUGGCGCGACCCGCUCAGCCCUCAACCUCGCGAGCGGCCAAAUACCCUUUAUCUACAACCCACCCUUCGUCCUCGAUGCAAAGAUCUUCCAGAAGAACAACGCUUCUGCACCGACGCCGCCUGCCCUCUCCACACAAGACGUCGAGCAAGACCUCAAGCUCAUGCUUCGCGACGCCCGACCGGACGACGAGCUCAACGAGAAACUACUGCAAGCUGCCGUGAAUCCGAUGCGCGCGCGAGAAUAUCAGGUGCAGCCCCCGGACUACCGCGAGCCCGUCAAUGAGACCACCACUCUGGUGCGGGCUGUGGUGCCACACCUCGAGGUCGGUGGGGUGGGUGCGGGCCAGAUGGGCGGUGUUCCGAUGAGCGCGCAGAGUAGUAUGGGUGGGUAUAGCGAUACCGGCGGAGCGAACACGCCAAUGGGCAGGUUCGCAGAGAGUGGGUUGAGUGUUGGAGGUGUUGGCAUGGUGAGGACGGCCAGUGGGAGUGGGAGGAGGGGCGGAAGAAGGGGUGGGUGAUACCGGUCGCCUUCUCCUCUAUUCUCGAUCUCUUCCGUCAUACUGUUAUAUACCCACGUUGGCGUUGGGCAGGGAUAAAGGCAUUGCAUAGCGCUUCUCGGCUGGGCUUAGUCAUCCGGUUUGGCAUCUUCCGGGGUUCGAAUUUUUGUUCCUUUCCCACUUGCAUUCGUACCUGGCGUUAGAUAUCUGGCUCUGUACGCCCCGCUCGGUCAUGGUCUCGGGUCACAGUAUUUGAGUCCUCGGCUUUACAUAUAUUCCAUCUACCUAGAUGGGCUUUAAGGUUUGCGAAGCCCAAUUCACAUUGGUUGUCAUACUUCCCCGUGCAAGAAAGCAUCUAGCCAUUGAGGUGGGAAGACACCGCAAUCGUCGUAGAAGCGGUGAAACGGUUGUUUACGUGCAUGUGGUCACGCUCUGACGCGAAGCACCUCGGGAUAAACAAGGGGGAAGCAAUAGUCCCAAAAAGACAU